GCGCAGGUUGAGAAUCGCGUGGGCUUGGGAAGCGCCGGGAGCGGAGCGAACCGGGCCGAGGCAGCAUGGCCCAGCCGCGCUGCCGCUCCGUGCUCAUCACCGGCUGUAGCCGCGGCAUCGGCCUGGGGCUGGUGCGGGGGCUCGCAGCCGCCAGCCCCUCCCCGGAUUUGGUCUUUGCGACCUGCCGGUACCCCGAGAAGGCGCAGGAACUGCAGCAGCUUAGCAAGCAAUACAGCAACAUCAAGCUCCUGCAACUGGAUGUGGUCUGUGAGAACAGCAUCAAGAAAGUGGUCAAGGAAGUGGAAGAAAUUGUGGGAGACAAAGGCCUGAACUGCCUCAUCAACAACGCUGGCAUCAAUGUGCUUGCCUCGCUGGAGGAGGUCACAGCAGAGACCAUGCUCACCAUUUAUGAAACCAACACCGUUGCCCAGCUGAUGGUCACCAAAGCAUUCCUCCCCCUGCUGAGGAAGGCAGCACAGCUGGGCACUGGAAUGGGCUGUCACAGAGCUGCCAUCAUCAACAUGUCCUCUCUUGCUGCCUCCAUGCAGCUCGUCCAGGCAAAUGAGAUGUUCCUCAAGGUCUAUCCCUACAGGAUAGCAAAGACUGCACUGAACAUGAUCACCCGGUGUCUCGCUGCAGACUUGAAAUCAGAUGGAAUUCUCUGCAUUUCCUUGCACCCGGGCUGGCUUCAAACAGACAUGGGUGGAAACAUGGCUCCCAUGCAGGUGCAGGAGGCUAUCCCAGGUAUUCUCUCUGUUCUGGACCGUCUUGGUGAAAAAGAAAAUGGUUCUUUCCUGGACUGGCAAGGGGAAACUCUGCCGUGGUAGAAGUACAUGGAACUCUACAGGCACAGCUCAUCAGUCACAAUUUAACCUUGCCACUCUUGUCUGUGUCUCUAGGGUUUUUUGACAUGCUUGUUCAAUGUGGCUGAGUCUUUCACUUGGUAUUGCUCUGCUCUGCUCCGCACUAAUGCUUCCUGCAAAUGCUACGGUGCUCUCGGUGAUGGGCAUCUUCUGGAACCCUCUGAAAUGGAUUCAAACCUGCAAAUUAUAUCCAGGGGCUGGUGGUUCCUUUUCACUUCCAAACCCAAAGUGGGCUUCUGGCUCUUUGCAGAAUUGAAUGACCUGACCUCAGAAUAAGGCCCGUGUAGGCUCUCAGACUCUAGUAUGCUCAGUUUUCUCCAGAAAAAAGACUCCUUUGAUUUCCUUUGUUUCUAACUGAGCCAAGGCUGAAAUUGCCCAGCUCUAAACCAAGGCAGUUUGGUAGUUCUGUGAAUUCUGUGGCAAACUCUGAGUGUCCCCAAGUUGCCAGUGUACACCAGGCACUUGCUUUGUUCCCAGUGGGUGACUAACAGCCUGA